AUAUGUUUCCACCACAUAUGACUGCCGACCCUAGCGUCCCACGGGACUUGACUCUCGCUACGGUAGCGGUGGAUAAAUCGGAGUCAGCUCAGCUGAUUAAGAAAAGAGCAGAAAGUGAGAGGCAAUCAACUCUGAAUCUCAUAUGGGUACGGAAGAUGUUGUUUCCGAACGAAAGUCACACUGUCUUGCAAAAAACACUGCAUAAAAUACCUUUCCGCAGGAGGAUGUUCGAUGCGAGACUCAAUUUUGAGCAGCUCAAGGCCAUCGACUCCGUGUGCAGAAACGAAUAUGGCACACUUCCGUUCCUCAUAUCUGGUCCGCCAGGGACUGGAAAGACAAAGACUCUUGUCGAAACAGCAUUGCAACUCCUAGCAUCUAAAAAGAGGGCCCAUAUCCUAGUUUGCGCGCCUUCAGAUCCUGCAGCGGAUACACUGGCCCUGCGACUCAGUGUACAUCUCAAGCCACAUGAGCUACUUCGACUGAACGGGCCUUCGAGGUCAUUCCCUGAGGUUCCUGGGCAAUUAAUGCCAUACUGCUAUAUCGAAAAGGACAUGUUCUACAUUCCUCCGAUGCCGAAGCUUACGAGAUAUGAGAUCGUCGUCACUACAUGUAGAGAUGCUGCCUUUCUAGUCUCUGGCAGGGUAACCAACCACGAUCUCCACAGUCUUGGAACGGGUAUGCAAUCAGCCCUACAUCCUAAUGAUCCCCCUAAAGGUGCUUGGGAACCACAUUGGGGUGCUCUGUUAAUGGAUGAAGCCGCCCAAGCCAUCGAACCGGAGGCGCUCAUCCCACUUACAGUCAUUGCGCCCCCACCCGCAACUGAACUUACAUUCGACCCCCAAUUUGUUAUGGCCGGCGACCACAAGCAGUUAGGGCCAUGCACCUCUUCUAAGUCCUCAGAGAUCGAAAUGUCUCUCUUCGAACGUCUCUUCACUCUUCCCGUUUUUGCCGAACAUCCCCUCGCCCGCAAUAACGUCAAUCCCUCUGCUUCAAUACCCGUCCUCACCAAAGCUAUGCUCCCCAUCGCUCGUCCUUCUUUUACGAAUCUCACCCGCAACUACCGUUCUCAUCCCGCCAUCUUAGCAAUACCCAGUUCCUUAUACUAUCACGACACUCUCAUCCCCGAAGCCACGAAUACGGACUCCCUCCUCUCGUGGAAUGGGUGGCGCGGCCGCAAAUGGCCUGUCCUGUUCUCAUAUAAUGCGGGUUUCGAUGAGAUCGAGCAGGACGGUGGCGGGUGGUAUAACAACCUCGAGGCGCGCAUGGCAUGCGACUACGCACUAGAAUUACUCAAGACAGGCAUGAUGCAGCAGCAGGACAUUUGUAUCAUGAGUCCCUUCAACGCUCAGGUGCGGCGGUUGCGAGCUCUGAUUCGCCAGCCACCGUAUCAGCUAUGGGACGUUAACAUCGGCCCGGCGGAGGCUUUUCAAGGUCUAGAGAGUCGGGUUGUCAUUCUCUGCACAACCCGCACCCGCCCUCGUUUCCUUCCCUCCGACGCUUCUCGCGCUCUCGGCCUCGUCAACAUGCCAAAACGCAUGAAUGUCGCUCUUACUCGCGCCAAGCAUGGCCUCAUCGUUAUCGGCAAUCCGGAAGUGCUGACGAAAGACGAAAACUGGACCGCUUUCUUGGCGUUCUGUGCGAGGAACGGAUUGUGGCACUAUCAAACCGAUCCACGUGGACUAGAAGUGCAGCAAGCGUGGGUAGAUGCAUUGAAGGUUAAGGGGACGAUUGGGGAGUCAGAAAAGCAACUGGUGAGACGAGAACAGGGCGGCGAGGAGGGCGGUGGUGGUGGUGGGAGGGUGCUUGGGGCAAGGGCGAGGGCUGAGGGAGAGGGAAUGUAUGAUGCCGAGGCGGCAGAGAUGGCGGGGGAUGGCGUGGAGUACGAGGAAGACGAGGGAGAGGAAGAAGGCGAUGAUGAAGACAGCGACCUUGAACACGAAUUGGGCAUUGAUAGGAUAUUGCAUGAGGACGACGUUCAAUAGCGGUUCAUUAAUUGACUAGACUUUGAAUACCAAGGGCCAUUUUGGGUCUUCUUUCUCAGCACAUUGACGCCCGUCGGAGCGCAUCUCAUUCAUAUGUUUAAUCUACGAUCUCACGAU